CGGCGGGGAGGCGGCGGGAGCCGCGGGGGUCCCGGAGGAGCCGGGGCUGGGCGCGGGCGAGGAGUCGCUGGAGGAGAAGCUGCGGAGCCUCACCUUCAGGAAGCAGGUGUCCUACAGGAAAGCAAUCUCCAGGUCAGGCCUCCAGCACUUGGCUCCUGUGCAUUCCCUCAACAUUGCAGUCUCCAAUGGACCUGUGAAGGAACCAAGGGCAGCGUUAGAGUGGACUGAAAAUGCUGUGAAUGGAGAGCAUCUGUGGCUGGAGACAAAUGUUUCUGGGGACCUCUGCUACCUGGGGGAGGAAAGCUGCCAAGUCAAAUUCUCAAAAUCUGCUCUGCGGAGGAAGUGUGCUGCGUGCAAGAUUGUGGUCCACAAUGCGUGCAUGGAGCAGUUAGAGAAGAUUAAUUUUCGCUGCAAACCAACUUUCCGAGAAGGGGGCUCCAGGUCUCCAAGAGAGAAUUUUGUCCGACAUCACUGGGUGCACAGACGGAGACAGGAGGGGAAAUGUAAGCAGUGUGGAAAGGGCUUUCAGCAGAAGUUCUCCUUCCAUAGUAAAGAGAUUGUGGCCAUCAGUUGUUCCUGGUGCAAGCUGGCGUUUCAUAACAAAGUCACCUGCUUCAUGCUACACCACAUUGAGGAGCCGUGUUCCCUGGGGGCUCACGCAGCUGUCAUUGUGCCUCCCACCUGGAUCAUUAAGGUGAAGAAACCUCAGAACUCAUUAAAGACUUCAACGCGACGAAAGAAGAGAACAUCUUUUAAAAGAAAAGCCAGCAAAAGAGGCAAUGAAGAUAACAAAGGUCGGCCAUUUGUGAUAAAGCCUAUCUCCUCUCCACUCAUGAAACCAUUGCUGGUUUUUGUCAAUCCAAAAAGUGGAGGGAACCAGGGCACCAAGAUUCUCCAAACGUUUAUGUGGUAUUUGAAUCCACGCCAAGUAUUUGAUCUCUCUCAGGAAGGGCCAAAAGAUGCGCUGGAGCUGUACAGAAAAGUGCCAAACCUGCGGAUCCUGGCCUGUGGUGGGGAUGGGACGGUUGGGUGGAUCCUCUCCAUCCUAGAUGAACUGCAGCUCAACCCCCAGCCUCCUGUGGCUGUCCUUCCACUUGGCACUGGGAAUGACCUUGCCCGCACCCUCAACUGGGGUGGGGGUUACACGGAUGAGCCAGUGUCCAAGAUCCUGUGCCAUGUAGAAGAUGGAACCAUUGUCCAGCUGGACCGGUGGAAUCUCCAGGUUGAGCACAACCCAGAUUUGCCACAGGAUGAGCUGGAGGAUGGGGCUCGUAAGCUUCCACUCAGUGUCUUCAAUAAUUACUUCAGCCUUGGGUUUGAUGCACAUGUUACACUGGAGUUCCAUGAAUCCAGAGAAGCGAAUCCAGAGAAAUUCAAUAGCCGAUUUAGAAAUAAAAUGUUUUAUGCAGGGGCAGCCUUUUCAGACUUUCUGCAAAGAAGCUCAAGAGAUUUAUCCAAGCACGUUAAAGUUGUGUGUGAUGGUACAGACCUGACUCCAAAGAUCCAGGAGCUGAAGUUCCAGUGUAUAGUGUUUUUAAAUAUUCCCAGGUAUUGUGCUGGCACAAUGCCCUGGGGAAACCCUGGAGAUCACAGAGACUUCGAGCCUCAGCGGCAUGAUGAUGGCUACAUUGAAGUCAUUGGGUUCACGAUGGCCUCACUGGCUGCUCUCCAAGUGGGUGGUCACGGAGAGAGGCUGCAUCAGUGCCGUGAGGUGACGCUUUUAACAUACAAGUCAAUCCCCAUGCAAGUGGAUGGUGAACCUUGUCGUUUGGCUCCCUCGCUCAUUCGGAUCUCAUUAAGGAACCAAGCCAACAUGGUGCAGAAAAGCAAGAGGAGAACAUCCAUGCCUCUGCUGAAUGAUCCUCAUUCCAUCCCAGAUCGCCUGCGGAUCAGAGUGAACCGGAUUAAUUUGCAAGAAUAUGAGGGGCUACUUUAUGACAAGGAAAAACUGCGUGAAGCUUCUAUCCCCUUAGGAAUUAUAGUUGUACGAGGAGAUUGUGACUUGGAGACCUGUCGGAUGUACAUUGACCGUCUUCAAGAGGACCUACAGUCGGUAUCUUCUACUACACAGAGAGUUCACUACCAGGACCAAGAAAGCUCUUUCCCAAGAGUGCUUUCUGUUCAGAGGCUCUCUCCUAGAUGGUGCUUCCUAGAUGCAACUUCUGCUGAUCGUUUUUACCGCAUUGACAGAUCUCAGGAACAUUUGCACUUUGUGACGGAAAUUUCGCAGGACGAGAUUUUUAUUCUGGACCCAGAGCUGGUAAUGUCACAGCAGGGGGGGACGCCACCCGGAAUGCCUGAUCUGGUAGUGGAGCAGGCCUCUGGAAUAUCAGAUCGGUGGAACUCUGCGGUUCGAAAGAGGAUGCUGAGCGACAGUGGCCUUGGCAAGAUUUCCCCGCACUACGAGGUACCCGACAAACAAAAGGACGCCAGCCAGACCCAUAUGCUGCAGUCACCAGUCUCUUCAGAAGAUCAAGCACUUUUACAGGCAGUCAUAGCUGGUGAUCUGCUGAAGUUCAUAGAAUGCUGUAAAAAAGGAGCCAAUUUGUUAAUCCAAGGACCCGACCAUGGCUCCUUGCUGCACCACGCUGCCAAGACUGGGCACGGCGAGAUUGUGAAAUAUAUCCUGGAGCAUGGUCCAUCUGAAUUGCUGGACAUGACAGACAGCGAAACGGGUGAGACGGCGUUACAUAAGGCGGCCUGCCAGCGCCAUCGUGCCAUCUGCCAGCUCCUGGUGGAUGCGGGAGCCUCGCUGAGAAAGACAGACUCAAAGGGUAAGACCCCUCGUGACAGGGCUCAGCAAGCUGGUGACCCAGAUCUGGCCUCCUACCUGGAGAGUCGACAGAACUACCAAAUGGUUCCCCAUGAGGAUCUGGAGACAGCAGUCUGAUGUCUGAAAACGGCAAAGAGGAUCCUUGGAAAUAGCAAGGCUGCACCUGAGCACUUGGGCAUCAUGUGAGAAAGAAGCUGAUGGAAUCAAUGUGUCUCUUGCUCUUGUGGAAAAUAUCUGAGGACAUGCCACCGGUUUCUAAGGGCUACUGAGUCUUGCCACGGAACAGUUAGGUUCCAUAAGUUAGCCCAUGAUGGAUGAGGUGGGACACUCAAAGGUCUGUGGAAUCCAUGGGCCACGGAAAUUUACCUUUAUUGCUUCCAGCAAGUAGCAUGAACUUCUCCCAUGUUCAUCUGUACAAUUUAUUAAAAAACAAGAAAAAGAAAAAAGAGAAGUUGGUGUGGGGGAACCAAGCUAACUGGGACAUUAAAACACCAAGCCAGGCCCUCCUUCAUCCCUACAUUUUUCUGCAUACCUUUAAUUCUCCCAUUCAUCUCACUUGUCAUCAGUUAAAUAAUACCUGUUAUCUCUGUGUUUUCACAAAUGGUCAGGCAGUAGCAAAAAUUUUGAGGAGCUCUGGAUGCCCUUACGAAAAAACAUUUUUACCUGCUGUGUUCCCUCUCUUGCUGUCCCAUCAGAAGUUGCUUCCUCAGUGUUCAAUCACUGGGGAGUUUUCUCACUGUUGGAGAGAAUUCUGCCUAUUGCCUUGUUUUCUAGGGUGUGGGACACAGUUAAAUUUACAGCAGUAACAAAAUCUAACCUCCUCAUUGUUGCUGGGUAUGUGGUUAUGGUAUCCUCAUGAGACAGGCGUUUGAAUGGAAAGGAGUUAUAAGGGAUAUAAAGCAUUGUAUGACAGAGCAGAAAUCUACCCUUAAGGUUUCUUGCAUCACCGUUGAGCUUAUAACGACCAACUGGGUUUGCUCAGGUUUCAGACCUAUCUAAAAGCUGAUAGCUAUUUUUUACUUCUGGCAAGACGGGUUUUACGAUGGGGAGAGGAAACCUGGAAGGCUAUCUGUCAGCCAUGAACAAAUGAACAGGCACUGCCCUGGUCAUAUUGGGAAUAGGAAAACCUCCUCUGGCUGAGCCUGUAAACUACCUGAUUCCCUAAGGGAUGGGGAACAAAGUUUUAAAGAGAGGCUCUCCCCCUGGAGAAGGACAGGCAGCAGCUCUUUGCCUCAUUGCUUACUAUAGACUUGGAAACUUAAACUUGCUUAGCCACUAUAAAGGCCAGUUGUGUCUACUGUACUCGUCUGUUCUCUGUCUUACCUCAAAGAUUAUAACCACAAAAGAAGAAAAAGCAGACAUACACAGACAUACACAAAAUGUUCACCUUCAGGUUUUCAAUCACUAAAGACAAUUCAGCUGCCAGAAAUAGCAGAGCUUCCACUUUGCUCAGUUCUUAUGAAGAUCCUCAUGGCCCACUUUUGGCAUAAUUCUUGCAAUAGAUUUUUGAAUUUUGCUUUGCUGUUUGAUUUUGAAAGAUCCAAUGGUGUUUGGUUUCACAUGCAUUGCUAGGGGAAGAUCUCCAUUAGAUGGUGAUCAUCAGGAUUACAUCCAAUUUGGAAACCAUGGAAAAAACUCAGGUCAUUAUUCAGAUAAGUUUUUCUUCUUCCUCAGUAGAAGUUGUAAAAAUGAAAUGAAUGAGAUUCCUUUCUUUUUCUUUUCCUCUCUCCCUCCCUUCUUUCCUUCCUGCUUCCUUUUUCUUUUCUUUUUUUUUGUUGUUUUCCUUUUUCCUUUUUUCUUUUUUUUUCUUUUUUCAUUUUUUUCCUUUUUUGUUUUCUUUUCUUCUCUCUUUCUUCUCUCAUUCUCUCUUUUUCCUUCCUCCCUCCCUCCCUCCUUUCCUUCCUCCCUUCCUCCCUCCCUUUCUCUCCUCCUUUCUUUCUUGACAAGAGAGAUUGUUGUGGCAGAAAGGGAAGAGCUAAAAUAUAUAUAUAUAUUAUUUUUUUUCAGUUUUCAAAAGUUCAUUUGAUAUGAGCAAAAUAUUUCUUCAGUAUUUCUUCCUCUGGAAGGAAACUAUAUAUAUUUGUAAUCUAUAGAUCAAUGGUGACAUGAAAUGUAUUUUGUCUUAUUUUCUAUCUUUACCUUUCUUGUUUAAAAAAUAAAAUAUGAAAGCCAAAUUCCUUCCCUUGAUAAUAAUACAGGGGCUUGUGGCAAAGCUGUAUAUAUUAGAACAGAAUUUGGCAAAUGUUAAAACAUCAGAGUAUAAUUUUUGUGUAUGUGAAACUUGCAUAAGGAAGAUCCUCAUGCUGUGGUUUCAUAGUAGGCCUUGCAUCAUUUCCCAGCUGUGAGGAAAGACAACACUGUAAUAUUUCUAUAUAUUUGACUAAAAAUAUGAAUGAUAUUAGUAUCAGUUGUAUCUUUUUGCUGUUUUACUGGUGUGAGAAACUGAGGAAGCUUCAAAGAUACCAGGGGCUGGAUUCUGUCCUGUGCUGAGGCCAGAUUGGGGCCUAAGCAGAGGAUGCUGAGUGAGCACCUUGCAGCUCCCUCGUCCUGAAGUCGCAUGAAGAAGGUGGAACAAUAAAGGCUUGCUCUGAUCACAGGUAGCCUCCAGAGGCCAUGUGCGAAUUGUUAUGAUGGAGCCAGGUUCGGUCCCUCACCAUCCCCAGUAUUCCUUCCCUCAGUGAUGCGUCCCUCUUUCCUGGGGGGAGUCCAUAGCAGGGGCUGGCUCUGGAGCAGCUUGUCAGGAACGGUCAGAUUUCCUGAGCUCCUUGGUGCCAUUCGGGCUGCUGAAAGGAGCUGGAGCACACAUGAGAGCCUGGCAUGCUUUCUUCCCUGGCAGCUGGAGUGCCAUGCUAUGAUCAGAGUGAGGUGGUCAUGCCUCUGGAAAGCUUCCUGCUGUGUGUAUGUGGUAGGAGGCAGUUACUGUGUGAUGAAAAUUGAACCCCAGCACUGGAGAUAGGAGAGUAGCCGGCUGUAUGUAGUGCCUUUUAAUAUUCAACGUGUCCCAAAGCACUGCACAAGUAAUGCAUAGAUACUGGCCAUCUAUUGUAUGUGUAGAUAACAGAGCACGCACAUUUUUUUCUGUGAUGGCUCACACACAGCCAGGGAUAUCAGAGCGUGGUUCACUAAGGGAUGGAGUUUGGGGCCAGGAUACUGGUUAUUUCCUACUCCUUCCCCAGUGCUACUGUAUUCUCAGUUUUGGACAGCCACCACAAGUGGCUCUGCAGCAGUUAACAGUGACACGUGCAUAUUGAAUCUCUUGAGCACUGGGGGUUUAGCUUAGGACAGUAUCAUUGUGCCUACACUGUGCAGGGCCCAGAUUUCAGCGUGCAGCUGGAAGCCCACUUAAAUGACAUGUAAAACAUUUUGAUUUACUAAAAGUGUCUGUGGCUGUGUCUAUUUAUGUGUGCAUAUUGCUAUAUAUAUGUAUAUUUAUGAAUAUCAGUAUGCAUAUAUAUAGACUCAUGCACACUUUUAGAACUGUGCCAUUUGAAUGACAAAGUACCUAGGGAUGCUCAGCUACUGAGGUUGCCGGACUGACAAAAUGUCGUUUUCCAUUUUAAUUUGUUAUUAAAGGGGACCCUUUUCAGUAAAACUGAGGAGCUCCUGAAUUGUUCCAUUGUACUGGUUUGACUAUCUCAUUCUGGAGUUAAAUG